AUGGCUUCAAGGAGAAUUUGUUUAUGGCUUUUAUUUGUGAUUAUUACAUAUUCGGUUGGAGAAGAUACACGAUCAAUUCUAAUGUCUUUAAUCACUGAUUUGAAAUUUCAAUGUGCUAAUACAACUUGUUUACCAUUCGUUCAUAUCAUUACGUCGACUAUUAUGAAGUGUCAAAUGGCUUGUUUAGCUGAAACUUAUUGUAGAGCAGCCAGUUUUCAUCAAUCAACUUCUAAUUGUGAAUUAUUUAUUGAUAUGUCAGAUGAAAUUGCACAUAUGAUGACUGAUACUGACAUUACUACUAUGAUUGUUAUUGCUGGAACACGAUUUCCACCUGAACCGACUACGACUACAACAUCAACUUCAACAACAACAUCGACAACAACAACAUCAACAAUGCCAGCUCAAUGCAACACAACAUAUAGAGCACAAACAACCUAUGCAACUAGCACAGGUCCGUUCGGUUUGACAGUGGUUGAUGUUAAUAACGACAGUAAACCCGACAUUAUUGUUACAAACGUGAAUAGUAACAAUGUCGGUGUUCUCCUAAACACCGGCAAUGGUACGUUUGCUGCACAAACAACUUACUCAACUGGCGCAAAACCAGACAGUGUGGCAGUGGUCGAUAUCAAUAACGACAGAAACCCCGAUAUUAUUGUCACAAACCUUAAUAGUAACUAUGUCAGCGUUCUCCUCAACAUCGGCAACGGUACAUUUACUGCCCAAACAACUUACUCUACGGGCGCCGGUCCCUACGACGUGGAAGUGGUUGAUGUCAAUAACGACAGUAAACCCGACAUUAUUGUUCCAAACUCUGGUAGUAGCAAUGUCGGUGUUCUCUUCAACACCGGCAACGGUACAUUUACUUCACAAACAACUUACUUAACUGGUACCACUCCGUUCAGCGUGGCUGUAGUCGAUGUUAAUAACGACAACAAACCAGACAUUAUUGUUCCGAACUCUGGUAGUAACAACGUCAGUGUUCUUCUCAAUAUGGGCAACGGCACUUUUACUUCACAAACAACUUACUUAACUGGUAGUGGUCCGUACGGUGUGUCAGUAGUUGAUGUUAAUAACGACAACAAACCGGACAUUAUUGUUGCAAACUCCGGUAGUAACAACGUCGGUGUUCUCCUCAACAAAGGUAAUGGCACGUUUUCUACACAAACAACGUACUCAACUGGAUCUCUCCCGCUGAAUGUGGUAGUUGUCGAUGUUAAUAACGACGGCAAACCCGACAUUAUUACUGGGAACUAUAAUAGUAACAAUGUCAGCGUUCUCCUCAAUGCAGGUAACGGUACAUUUACUACUCAAGCAACUUAUUCAACUAGCACUAACCCACGAAAUGUGGUAGUGGUCGAUGUUAAUAACGACAAUAAGCCCGACAUUAUUGUCACAAAUCAAGGGAGCAGCAAUGUCGGUGUUUUAUUGGCUUGUUGA